AUGGAGGAGUUAGCAAUUGGUUUAGAGGCAGUGCACCUCUCGGUCGAGAAUGAUGAACAGGAGGAGCAGGGGCAGGGUAUGGACAUGAGGCAGGGCAGUCCGAAUGUCGUAGGCGAAUCAGAGGAUGAGGUCCUGAGAGCGGAACGCGAUAAUAGGGUGGUGUAUCAGAGGCGGGAGACAAGAACAAAGAAGAAGUAUGAUCAGGAGCGGGAAGCACGCGAGGAGGGAGAGGCGAAGCGGAGGGUGGAACAGAAGCGUGUGAGGCUCGAGGACCAGGAGCGAGAGGUGAGUGCGAUGGAGGGGGACAGGGAGAGUGAGGAACGCGAACGCAAGAGGGAGGAAGAGCGGAAGAGGGAGGAGGCGAGGAAGGUGUGGCGCGAAAAGGAAGAGAAGCGGCAGAGGGAGGAGGAAGAGCGGAAGAGGGAGGAAAAAAGGCAGGCUGAGCGCGAAAAGGAGGAGAAGCGGCAGAAGGAUGAAGAGCGGAAGAGGGAGGAGGAAAGGCAGGCAGAGCGCGAACAAGAGGAGAAGCGGCAGAGGGAGGAGGAAGAGCGCAAAAAGGAGGAAAGGCAGGCUGAGCGCGAACAGGAGGAGAGGCGGCAGAGGGAGGAGGAAGAGCGGAAGAGGGAGGAGGAGAAAAAGGCUGAGCGCGAAAAGGAGUCGAAGCGGCAGAAGGAUGAGGUGGAGCGGAAGAGGGAGGAGGCGAGGAAGGCGGAACGCGAAAAGGAGGAGAAGCGGCAGAAGGAGGAGGAGGAGGUGAAGAGGGAGGAGGCGCGGAAGGCCGAACGCGAAAAGGAACAUAACCGGCAGAAGGAGGAGGAGGAGGAGAGGAAGAGGGAGGAGGCGAGGAAGGCGGAACGCGAAAAGGAGGAGAAGCGGCAGAAGGAGGAGGAGGAGCGGAAGAGGGAGGAGGCGAGGAAGGCGGAACGCGAAAAGGAGGAGAAGCGGCAGAAGGAGGAGGAACGGAAGAGGGAGGAGGCAAGAAAGGCAAAACGCGAAAAGGAAGAUAAGCGGCAGAAGGAGGAGGAGCGGAAGAGGGAGGAGGCGAGACAGGUAGAACGCGAAAAGGAGGAGCAGCGGCAGAAGGAUGAGGAGGAGCGAAAGAGGGAGGAGGCGAGGAGGGCAGAACGCGAAAAGGAGCAGAAGCGGCAGGAGGAUGAGGAGGAGCGGAAGAGGGAGGAGGCGAGGAAGGCGGAACGCGAAAAGGAGGAGAAGCGGCAGAAGGAGGAGGAGGAGCGGAAGAGGGAGGAGGCGAGGAAGGCGGAACGCGAAAAGGAGCAGAAGAGGCAGGAGGAGGAGGAGGAGCAGAAGAGGGAGGAGGCGAGGAAGGCGGAACGCGAAAAGGAGGAGAAGCGGCAGAAGGAGGAGGAGGAGCGGAAGAGGGAGGAGGCGAGGAAGGCGGAACGCGAAAAGGAGGAGAAGCGGCAGAAGGAGGAGGAGGAGCGGAAGAGGGAGGAGGCGAGGAAGGCGGAACGCGAAAAGGAGCAGAAGAGGCAGGAGGAGGAGGAGCGGAAGAGGGAGGAGGCGAGGAAGGCGGAACGCGAAAAGGAGGAGAAGCGGCAGAAGGAGGAGGAGGAGCGGAAGAGGGAGGAGGCGAGGAAGGCGGAACGCGAAAAGGAGGAGAAGCGGCAGAAGGAGGAUGAGGAAGAGCGGAAGAGAGAGGAGGCGAGGAAGGCGGAACGCGAAAAGGAGAAGAAGAGGCAGGAGGAGGAGCAGAAGAGGGAGGAGGCUAGGAAGGCGGAACGCGAAAAAGAGGAGAAGCGGCAGAAGAAUAAGGAGCGGAAGAGGGAGGAGGCGAGGAAGGCGGAACGCGAAAAGGAGGAGAAGCGGCAGAAGGAGGAGGAGGAGCGGAAGAGGGAGGAGGCGAGGAAGGCGGAACGCGAAAAGGAGCAGAAGAGGGAGGAGGAGGAGGAGGAGCAGAAGAGGGAGGAGGCUAGGAAAGCGGAACGCGAAAAAGAGGAGAAGCGGCAGAAGGAUGAGGAGGAGCGGAAGACGGAGGAGGCGAGGAAGGCUGAACGCGAAAAGAAGCAGAAGCGGCAGGAGGAUGAGGAGGAGCGGAAGAGGGAGGAGGCGAGGAAGGCGGAACGCGAAAAGGAGCAGAAGAGGCAGGAGGAGGAGGAGCGGAAGAGGGAGGAGGCGAGGAAGGCGGAACGCGAAAAGGAGGAGAAGCGGCAGAAGGAGGAGGAGGAGCGGAAGAGGGAGGAGGCGAGGAAGGCGGAACGCGAAAAGGAGGAGAAGCGGAAGAGGGAUGAGGAGGAGCGGAAGAGGGAGGAGGCGAGGAAGGCGGAACGCGAAAAGGCGGGGAAGAUUGUGGAGGCCAACGAGCGAGAAACGCGCGAGGAGGCGAGGGUGGAGGAGCGAGAGCGACAGAGGCAGGUCGGUGAGACCGGGGAACGAGAAUCGCGUGAAAGGGAGGAAGCGCGGCAGAGGCAGGAUCGGGAACGAAAGAGAACUGAAAGCGAACGCAGAAGAAAAGAGCUUCAGAGGCUCGAGCGCGAAAGGGGAUGGAGCUCGGCAAGUGGUGGUUGGCGACCAGCCAACCCUGGGGCAUCACGGAACAACUGUUGGUCGGGCAGCGGAUGUUGGUUUACCGGGAUUGAGAACAGGCGGACCGAGGCCGAUGAUGCAGCGGGAAGGUGGCCGGCGUGA